AGUGGGAGAAGGCCAGACAGGCACUGGCCUCCAUCAGCAAGACCCAGAGCGCCACCAAGACCGCUCAGGCCAACCGGACCACAGCACAGGCUGGUCAGUUUAAGCCUGCAGUAACUGAGUCCACAGCCAUACAGCAGCAGUACUACCAACAGUGUACCAACAGAACCAGCAGCAGCCGUAUCCUGGGUACACCUACCCCUACAAUUACUACUACCCCAUGGCGCCGGGCCCCACUGAAGGCCAAGCAGUCUCGCUGGGAGGCUGUACCCACCCAGAGGACUCUGGAGAGUUCUGUGGGUCGUGGUGGGGUUACAGGUGGGGCUACGCGUGGCAGGGGUGGUGGGGCCAGGGUGGGGCACUACAGGAACGUCUUCUCCCAGAGAAGCCCCUCAUCCAGCUCCUCAGGCUCCUCCUCUCGCUCCCCCUCUCCCUCCCACAGCCGACACAGGGACCGCAAUGGCCAGAGACAUAGGCGCAGUGACUCUGAGUCCCAGUCGGACAGCAGCAUGUCCAGUGACCUCCGAACCCAGCUUCCCCGGCGCAAUCAGAAAGGAGGGCGUGGCCGUGGGGGCGACAGGGACCGAGGCAGAGGGGGUGGAGAGAGGGGACGAGGAAGGGGCGGAAGAGGCAACAGAGGACGGAGAAACAUGGAUGACGCUAACUCCACCGUCCUGGGCAAGAAGAGGAAAGGUGGGAACGCCGGCCUGGACUUCCACGACCCCCACCGGGAGGCCAAGAAACAAAGCCGAGCGGCACGCUUCCACAACACCAAGAUGCGCUCAGAGCCCCUGGUGCUGUCCAUCAACAACCUGGAGCUGCCCAAGGAGGACCUGAGCUGGGACGACUGCCCCAUCGUGGGCACCUGCCAAGAGAUCACCAAGAUCUACCUGAGACUCACCUGUGCCCCCGACCCUGCCACCGUGCGUCCCGUAUCUGUGCUGAGGAAGUCUCUGUUGGCUGUGAAGGCCCACUGGAAGACCCGUCAGGACUACCCCUACGCCUGUGAACAGAUGAAGUCCAUACGACAAGACCUCACAGUCCAAGGAGUUCGUACAGAGUUCACAGUGGAAGUAUACGAGUGCCAUGCACGCAUCGCUCUGGAAAAGGGCGACCACGCAGAGUUCAACCAGUGCCAGAUGCAGCUGAAGGCCCUGUAUAAGGACAACCCGUCAGAGAACAUAGGGGAGUUCACUGCUUACAGACUACUCUACUAUAUCUUCACUAAAAACUCUGGAGACAUCACGACUGAGCUGGUGUACCUGACUGCGGCGCUGCGGGCGGAUGAGUGUGUGUCCCACGCUCUCUCCCUCCGCGCCGCCUGGGCUCUGGGAAACUUCCACCGGUUUUUCCAGCUCUACCGGAGAGCCCCACGCAUGGCAUCCUACCUCAUAGACAAGUUUGUAGAGAGGGAGAGGAUGAUCGCUCUCAGGGCCUUAUUCAAAACAUUCAGACCAGACUUGCCGGUGGAGUAUGUGCAGUCCAGUCUGGGRUUCCUUUGUUUAGACUCUUGCAUGGCCUUCCUCACAGGCCUGGGGGUCACCUUCUUCCCCUCUGACCCCAGCAAGAUAGACUGCAAAACCAGCUCAGCCUGUCUGGCAGCCUCCUGAGGGGGUGGGCGGUUUACCGGGGAGGGGGGAAAGCACAGUAAAGGGAGAUACUGAGAUAUAGACAGGGUCAGGAAUGUACCCUACAGUUAUACUGCACUACACUUCAGGAGGGAGACAAGUGGUUAGACUGAAACUACAAUUUAGUCCUGUAGAAAGAGGGAGAUAUGCACAAAGGCGCACUAAAUCACUUAAGGCUGAAAUUCAGUGAGGAUCCCACCCACAGAUGCACUGUACUCACAGAUAUGGACUGUAUAACAAGAGUGGGGGAGAUUAUCUGCAUACAUGCUGCACAUCAAAUACAUUUAGAAUAGCUUAGCCCCACACAUCUCUGAUCAGCUCAAGAUAUUAAUUAUACCUUCGACUUAGAACGUUUUUAUGACGAACAGAUGAUGUUAGGCAUUAGUUCAAGUUAAGACCUGAAGAUCAAGCGCCAACUCACACAGAUCAGGGAAGAGCGUAGCCUCAAGGUCUCCCAUCCACUAUCGCUCUCAGAAGUUUUAAGCUAACAGUGUUCUGUUAUGUUUUUCCUUCCCUCAAGUCAACAGCCUCAAACUCAUGCGAAGACAAGCCUUGAGAACCCAAGAGAGAGAUGGAAACGAAAUGAGCUAAAGUCAUCCCUCAAGCCCUCAUCCAGCAGGCUGCUCAUCCACUCCCAAACCAAACCAUCAACCAGAGAAGAGGUUUGUCUGUUCAGGUGUUCAGCUCUAGAGACUGUGCUAGCCCUUUGCUGCUUUCAGGAAGCCUUCGUGAUCCAGCGUCCAAUCCGGGAGAGGAGGAGAUGGUGGUUUGUAUGUCCUGCCCCCCCCUCCCCCAAGCUGUCUACGAUUGGCAAUCAGGUGGGGAAAGUUACCCCCACUUCCUGUUCCUGCCUAGCCCUGCACACUUGUCACCCCUGAAAGGUAUUGACUGAGAAAUCUGAAGGUUCUGAUUGGCUCCUUGCCCAGGUUGGCCACAUCCAUCCUUACCCCACAGUUGUCUGCUACCCACAAUCACCUGCUUCACCAUUCAACAGUCGUCACCCAGAGUUCACCAAAGUUUGACCACAAAGUUUACAUCCCAGUUAUAUCUGCUCUCUAAUAUAGUAGAUCUCCAAGCCUGGCGUCCAGUCCCUUCUGGUAGGCAUUGACUUAUAAAGUGUGAUGGUGGAUACAGUCCCCUAAUCUUUACCAAGAAUGGCCUCUGCAAUCCCUCUGUAUGUGUCCAGGAGGCAGGAUAUCCACCUAUAGUCCAUCUAUCCCCUGAGAGCAGACAAGGAGGCAGUCUCCCACCCCUUAAGAGUACCAAAUAACCAAGUUGAGGCUCUGAGCGAGCCUGUGGUGUUUCCUGAGUUAGCCGAUCAACAGCCCCCUCAGCAGCAUGGAAUAGCAGUCGUCAAGCACUCCCACCACACAGGAAGAAGUCAGCUCCAUCAAGAUGGUGCAAAGUCUCCACCUUCAAAUAUGGUGGCUGGAUCAGUUCUGCCAUACGGAGAUGAGAUCGCUGUCUGUGCAGAUGGCGGCAACGUCUGGGUUUGUAUGCUCCACACUCCGUUCAAUAAGGCUGAGUAUGUAUGUAUGUAUGGCUGGUAAGAAAAAGGACUCUUGGUGUGCUGGAAGGAGGUGGAUGACAGCACAGCAAAGACCACCUGGUAUUCACUAUUGGCUCAUUCACAAACACUAACCAUUGGUUUGGGUUAAGGUAUAUGAUAUCAAGUCUAUGGUAAUUGCUUAAAUUCCAUCCACGUGAUGAUAGUGUGUCUGAAAUUGUGAUAUAAAAUGAAGGGUGCCAGUAUUAACCCUUGGGGAACACCCCUAAUUUGCAAGACAAUGGUGAAGCCAAACUGUCAAAUUAUGCAGGUGCAGAUAGAUACCUUUUAAACCUGAAUUUGUGUAACUCCUCAAUUGAAAAUUGCCAUUCUGCCACAAAACAUUAAUUUAGGACAUUAAUGUUGACGGCUAAAGCAUACAAGACUCUGCUUAUCAAAUGUUUGUAAUCAAAUAAUCUGCUUAUAUAUUUAACGAUAAGAAAUCACCAUGUGAUAUUUUUAAAACCCCAUUGCAGACAUUUUGGUUUUCAGUAAAGGCAGGUGAGAGUGAAGGAUUGUAGAGAAGUUAUUUUGGGGUCCUAUCCAGCAGUUAUACAUUAGGCUACAUCCCUGUGUAUACUCUUGAUAAGAUCUGAUGCGAGGAGACUAGUGUGGAGAGUUAAUUGUAAAUCAACAUAAUUGGCAAUACAUAAAUAGAACCUAGAAAUGGAACAUGAGUUUGUGAUAUCAGUUGAUCUAAUAUCAGCAUAUUGUUGUUUUCAGGCAUGACCUUGAAGAGUAUUAACUUGAUUCACAUCAAAGAUUGAGGUAUUUUAGUGAGUUCAGUGCCAUUGCGGAGAUAUCAAAUUUAUUUGUCACAUGCGCUGAAUACAACAGGUUCAGACUGAAAUGCUUACCUACGAGCCCUUUCCCAACAAUGCAGAGUUAAAAAGUAAGACAAAUUAUAUAAAUAAAAGGGAUUUGGUAAGACAAAAAAAACUAACGAGGCUAUAUACAAGAUAGGACUCUACUUUCAGGAUGAACAGAAGUCUGUGCUGUAACAAAUGUCUUGUGUGCUCAUCCAUAGAGUAGAUGUGUCAGUAUCUAAUGUACAUGGUUGUGGAUUCAGUUGGCCUUUUUUCUUCUCAGUAACUAUUCAUUGGUCAUUUUGAUAUGUUUUAUGUUUACCAGGGCAAGUGUAAUUUUGACAGAAACGUAUAUGGUGAAUGAGAAGCUGAAGCAUUUUAGAUAUGGGUAAUAAACACUUAAUUCUUUAAGACAAUUGAUGUGAAUAUGUAAAUUAUAAUUACAAAUCUAAAAAGUUGGAUGAUUUGGAAUACAUUGCCUGUUUUUGAUAUUGCUGUGGAUUUAAAUGGGGAAUUGAUAGUAACUGCUUUUUUGUAGUGCAAACACUGGCGUGAUUUCUACCCUAUAUUUUUGACCGCUUAUUCAAUAAGUGUGCAGGACAGAAGGUUUAUAUUUUGGGCUUUUACGGGGAUUGAAAAUGGGAUAUUUGCUGUAUAAACCAAAUAUUUUUCUUGCCAAAUUUCCCUUAGAUAUGCACACUUGGUUGACCACUUUAAUUUCUUAGUCAUUUUUUAAAAUGCUCAUCUUCUGUAAACCCAUUUUUCUUUUUAGAUUUUAUUUAAUGCAUUUCUGUCAUCUCAACCUUUCUGGCUAUCUGUACUCAUGAACCCCUUAGAGCAGUGGUAUUCAAAGUCAGCAUCGUGACCCCAUGAGGGAAAUGCGAAAACAUUCAUAGGUCAUAAUGUAUGGGACAAUAUAGAAACAUUUUUGAGAAAAAUUAUUUGAAAAAUCCAUUUUUAUUGAGUAAAUGUAUUUAUUGGUUUAUUUUCAUUUCGAUGAGAUGAACAUGUAAUGAAUUGAAGGUAUAUAUUUUUUAAAGGGUGUCAGUAGGUUUGGAAAUUCUUCCGGACAAAAAAAUUUGUCCCCAGAAAUUCUGGUGGAAAAAAUGGUGUCCCUGCUGAAAAAGUUUGAAUAUCACUGCCUAAGAGAUAAGUAAUGUACUAAAACCACCACACAACAUCCUGAUGGCAAGAGAAAGGUUUGGUUGAAGGCACUGCACUCCCAUCAGCCAAGAAACAAACUGUUACUGUGUGUGUUUGUGUUGCUCAAGUCUCCCGUUUGUCAAUUUCUUUGGAAGUAGUUUGUCAAAGAGCAAACCCAGACCUGUUUCA